AUGAACGGCGGACAAAUUAACGAAGCGGCGGAGAACCUCCAUGAUAUUGUCUUCGGAGACGCAAUUGUGAAUCACAUCCUGCAAACUUCAAGAGAGAGAUGGCUGACAGCUGCUGAAUGGGACUUGCUUUUCAUCGAGAAGAACCGAUUCCAGAUUUACAACGCAUUGUUCAUUCCUAAACACACUGAAGGAGUUUGGAGGGUUGAUAACAGGUCAAUGAUUGACUUGAAUCAAUGGGAAAUUUCUAGCUUAAAAAGAACACUCUCAGAUGGUCCGUAUGCAAGGUUUAACGUCAGAUUUACAUGGAAACGAGCAGCUUCAAUGAAGAUGAUGUCCCAUUCAGCUGCCGUUAACCAACGGUCCCUCGAGUUUUGCAAAAUUUCAUUAACAACUGCAUAA